UUCCCUACCCCAGGUGUUGUCCCCCAGAGCGCUCCCCCCGUGCCCACGGCCUCGUCCCGCUUCCACUUCCCUCCGCUGGACGCCCACUCUCCCACCGAGGAUUCCCAGCCCGGGGGCCGCUUCCCCGGCGGUUCCCUGGGCCCGGGAUCCACCCCGGAGGCUCUGGGGGACGGCGGCGGCGGCGACAGGAAGCCGGAGGUGCCGGAGCUGCUGGAGGAUUCCUCCUCGGAUUGGCGCCGGGGGGGAGUGGAUCUGCUGGCCCCCCACGCCGGCGGCGGCGGCGGCGGGAGCGUCGCCCACCCCAAGCGCAAGCCCGACAUCGUCCUGCCGCUGUUCUCCCGGCCCGGGAUGUUCCCGGAUCCUCACAGCCCCUUCGCCGUGUCGCCGCUGCCGGGCCGCGGGGGGGUCCUCAACGUGCCCAUCUCGCCGGCGCUGUCGCUGACGCCCACCCUGUUCUCCUACAGCCCCUCGCCGGGGCUCAGCCCCUUCACCGGCAGCAGCUGCUUCUCCUUCAACCCCGAGGAGAUGAAACACUACCUGCAUUCCCAGGCCUGCUCCGUGUUCAACUACCACCUGAGCCCGCGGACUUUCCCCCGCUACCCGCUGGUGGUGCCGCCGCUGCAGUGCCAGGUGCCCCUGGAGGAGCAGCCCCAGUUCCCCAUCAAGCUCCAGCCGCCUCCCGCCGGCCGGAAAAACAGGGAGAGGCUGGAAAGCGCCGAGGAAGCGGCUCAGCUCAGGGUGAAGGUGGAACCCGCCGCCGACAAGGAGCCCCCCGAGGAGGCCACCAAGGGCAAGGACGGAGGAGAGAGGAGGGAAGAAGGUUCCGGAGCGGAGGAAGGGAAGUUGGGGCCGGUGUUCGCCCGCCCGGCCGCCCCGUCCUGGCUGCCCCCGGCACCCACCCAGCCCGGUGCGUCCUCCUCCUCCUCCUCCUCGGAAGAGCCCCCGGAGCAGCCGGGGGAGAGCGGCGUGGAUAAACCCCCCCGGGAUCCCUGCGGAGAGGCGGGAGCUCAGGAGAAGAGGGAGGACGCCCUGAUGCCCCCGAAGCUGCGCCUGAAGCGCCGCUGGAACGGGGACAGGCAGGCGGAGCCGCCCGAGGAGAACGGCCUCUGGAACGGCCCCAACAACAUCCCCAAGGCCGUGGCGGCCGCCGCCGCCUCCGACACCUAAUCCCGGGAUCUGGGGAGAGCAUCCAGGGAUUUAUGUAGCAGAGGUUGUUGCAGAGCGUGGGGAGGG